CACAGAGGCUCUAAGAAGCAGUUUAGUGCCCGAGCCUUGAGGAGACCAGACCAGCUGUGAGAGGACCAAGAACCGAUGCAAGUUCAUCUUCAGCUCAGCAUUUGACAGAAAGGGUUGUUCCUGCAGGGGUAGGCGGCUGGAUACACAUAGGACAGACUGGGUUUAGUGGUGCAGGUCCAGGAGAUAAACCACAUCAAUGAGGACACCUGGCAUGGCGGCUUUUAAGCAACAGAAUGUGGAAGAUUUCUAUGAAAUUGGAGAAGCACUUGGGAGUGGACAGUUUGCAAUCGUGAAGCGCUGCAUAGAGAAGAGCACAGGUCUGGAAUAUGCAGCCAAAUUCAUCAAGAAGCGUCAGAGUCGGGCCAGCAGACGAGGUGUAAGAAGAGAGGAGAUUGAAAGGGAAGUGGUCAUCCUGCAGCAGAUCCAACACAACAACAUCAUUUCCCUUCACGAUGUGUACGAGAACCGCACAGAUGUAGUGCUUAUCCUCGAACUGGUCUCUGGGGGAGAGCUGUUUGAUUUCUUGGCUCAGAAGGAGUCUCUGAGUGAAGAGGAGGCCACUCAGUUCAUCAAACAGAUCCUUGAUGGAGUUCAGUAUCUCCACUCUAAGAGGAUCGCUCAUUUUGAUCUAAAGCCUGAAAACAUAAUGCUGCUGGAUAGGAACGUUCAUCUGCCUCGUAUCAAGCUCAUUGACUUCGGUCUGGCUCAUAAAAUAGAAGCCGGUGCAGAUUUCAAAAAUAUUUUCGGGACACCUGAAUUCGUGGCCCCAGAGAUUGUCAACUAUGAGCCGCUGGGAUUGGAAGCAGACAUGUGGAGCAUUGGAGUCAUCACAUAUAUACUAUUGAGUGGCGCGUCACCUUUCCUCGGUGACUCGAAGCAGGAAACGUUGGGGAACAUCUCAGCGAUGAACUAUGAGUUUGAUGAGGAGCUCUUCAGCAGCACAAGUGAGCUGGCGAAGAGCUUCAUCAGACAACUCCUGGAAAAGGACACAAGGAAACGGCUGACGAUACAAGAUGCCCUCAACCACCCAUGGAUAAAGGUCCUUUAUCUGAAGUCCUGCGACCACAUGGAGGACGGGUCUACGGCUGAGGCUGAGAAGAAAGUGGAGCCCCUGAAGACGAAGCGCCUAAAGGAGUACACCAUCCAGUCCCACUCCAGCAUGGCCCAGAACAACACUUAUGCUAACUUUGAGCACUUUGCCCGAGUGGUGGAGGACAUCAGCCUGAUGGAGACGGGGUUGUCAGAGGUGGCAGGAGCCCGUCACACCCUACAGGGGGACAUAGACGCCCUGCUCGCCAUCUACAACGACAAGGAGGCAUGGUACAAGGAGGAAAGUGAGACUGCGAGGAAACAGCUCUCCCAGGUCCGGUAUGAGUUUCGUAAAGUGGAGGCCAGGAGAAAGUUACUGCAGGAGGAUAUGAAAGCCAUUGAUGCCAGUUUAGAGAGUAUCAGUGGGAAAUACCACCAGAGGCAGAGCCAGCUGGACGCUCUGAGGCAGGAGCUGAACUCUGAGCUGCAGUGGCUGCAGGAGGUGCUCAGCUCUCUGCAUCCGGACGGAGCCAACGGCGGCCUGCACGGCAACAGUCUGAACGCAGACGUGAAGCAGGCGCUGAGGGAGCUGCUGCAUCAGUCCUGCAGGGCGGAGCUGGGCCCUGAACCCAUACAGCCGCACAACGAGUCUGGAUAAAAGCACAAAUGAAGACACACUUGAACAAAUCUUAACAUAUUUUUAAACGUGAGACGACACAAUGAGUUUGUUUUUUUCAGCAACACAAACUUUUGAAUGUAUAGCUCUAUAGUCUUUACAUUUUCUUUAUUUUUAUGAUUUUUCUUGUGCACUACAUAGUAUGUAAUGGUACAAUCACGGUACAUAAGUAGUAAUUCUUUUUUUCAUGAAACUGCUUUUAUUUAUUCAGUGCUCUGUUCCUGAUCAGCUCAGCAGUUUUGUAUUUUGUUAUAUGAAAUCAAAAUGAAAAUGACUUUCAGCGAUGAUUGUUUCUCGUUUACUCUGUCAUAAUCAGAGAAAAUAAUGGCAUCAAACUGUAAUUUUUACUUCCUUGAAGGAACCGAGGGACUGUUUGUCUGUCAGCAGGAUUACACAGAAAUCUACUGCACUGAUUUUCAGUCUUGACAGAAGUGUUGGUCAUGGAUUCAGGGAUGACAUGUGAUUUUUGGAGCAGAUGGCACAUGACCAGAUCACAGACUCUUUUAAUUUAUUUUUUUGUUACUUUUUCUAUUAAAAUAUGGCAUUUGAUUCAGCAACGAGAUGAUGGUGCAUGCUUUUUUAGAAUGCUGAUUUAAUUGAAAGUAAUAGAACAUUUUUUGAUUGACUGAAUUUUUUCAUUCCACAUGUUUUUUUAUUUAGCAUAUUUAUGGUUUGUUUUUUUUUUUUUUUUUACAAUUGUUACCCAUUUGUAAAGUUUUACAAGUGACUGUUUCAGGUUAUUUUUUUUAUAGAGUCAAUGUGCACUUUUACAGAAGGUUGAUUGUAUUUAUUAUUUUAUUUAAUUUUUAUUUCUUUCUUGGAGAUGUUCUUUGUAAACUAGAAGACAUCUAUGAUAAGAUGUAAUUUGUUUAAAAUCUGUCUCACUGUAUUUUAGCACAUCAACAGAUAUACUCAUCUCACUCUUGGUUUUCCUCUGAUAUGCACUGAUAUUUUUCACUGUUGUCAAAAACACUGAAAUAAAUGUGCAUCAUCCAUAUGUGUUGAACUUUUACAUUCUUCUAUAUUUCCUGUUGAAUAUCAGAUGUUAACAUUAGACUGAAUUCCUCUGUGUUAUUUCCUCCUGUGCCAUUUCAACCCUCAUUAUGUCU